AUGUCUAAAUUUAGUUGUAUCGUAGCAGUUUGCGAAAACCGUGGCAUAGGCAUCAAUGGUGAUUUACCGUGGAAAUUAAAGCAAGAGCUGCAAUAUUUUUCUAAAACAACCAAAAAGGUGACUGAUUCUAGCAAACGAAAUGCCAUCAUUAUGGGCAGGAAAACGUAUUUCGGUGUACCAGAAAGCAAACGACCAUUGCCGGAACGAUUAAACAUAGUUCUGACUCGUAACGCCUCCGCAUAUUCCUUUCCAUCGGAUGUCCUUGUUUGCAACAGCCUCCAAGAAGCGCUACACAAACUGGAUUCGACAGAUUCUGGCAAAGAUAUUGAAAACAUUUGGGUGGUAGGCGGAAACAGCGUAUACAUGGAAGCCAUGGAUUCUGAACGUUGUCACCGUGUCUAUUUGACGGAAAUCAAAGAAAAAUUCGAUUGUGAUGCCUUUUUUCCAGAGAUGCCAAAAUCGUUUGUGCUUAUUGAAAAUGAUGGUGGCAUUUCAAACGAAGUACAAGAGGAAAACGGAAUACAAUAUGAGUACAAGAUAUUCGAAAACAAACAUUAAUAAUUCGGCAGCGUCGCUCAUCAAGUUUGCAACUUACUGCAUUCCAACAUUAUCGUU